AUGAGAUUUGCUACCCGGCUCUGUCUUGCGGCAUAUGUCGUUUCUGUCAUAUCUCUGGUCGUUGAGCGACAUGUGGCUCCACAGAUGGAUCCAUACAUUGUUACCAAGGCCACUCUGUUAGAGAAACCAGAAGAAAGAUCCAUCGAUACUGACGCAGCAAUUGAUGUUGGUGAUGAUGUUGUCCGCCUUGAAAAAAGAUCAGAUCAUCUGGGAACCUUUGAUUUGAAUACUGAAAUCCCAAAGGACAAAGUUAUGCUUGACAUGUACGCAUGUUACUAUUCGUCCCACAUUUUGUUGACAUGAAGCUAAUUUUCUAUCUAGCUAUGUAGAUGCUACGGGCCAAAAAAAGGAGGGCGAAGAUAACAAAUUUGACCCAACAACAGGAGUCACCUUUCAAAUAAAUGUUGCCUGCGUCUCCUGCUCUAUCUCUGGCUCCGUCAAUCUCAGUACUGACGGAUUGAAAAUUGGAGAGGUGGAUUUAAAAGAUCUCUUCACGACUACUAUUGGUGACAUGAAGGACGUGAUUGAUAUACCUUUAGUAGUCAGUUUUAAGGAUCUUAGCGUGCAUAUUGAACUCAAGAUCACAUUUGCCGUUGGUGGGCUUUAUGUCAUCCCAAUUUGGGGAGGGAAAUUCCCAAAAUCCAAAAUCCCAGGUAUGAAGAAAAAUUUGGUUGUCGAGGUUGACUUAGAAUUGUCAUUGGACUUGAUAUUUCACGGGAGUGCGGCUAUUAACUUCCAGGGGGGAUUCGAUAUCAAAUUUCCUAAUGGUCUCAAUUAUAUCAUCGAUGUCGUUGGCGGCGAAAUGAUAGAAUUGUGGUCGUAAGUAAACUCAUGACUCCUGUCUCCCAGAAGUGGUUGAAAGAAUGUGGAACACAAGCUGACAAGUUGACGUGACUAGAGGAGGAUCUAUACUUAAAGAUAUUCCUUUCCAGUUCACAAGUGGUCCUGUUGGUUACGCUGUCCUGUUACGCGCUACACUCAAGGCUGGAUUUGACGUGGGAGUCGGGGAAAAGGAAUCGGAUUUGCGAUGGGUGCCUUUAUUGACCCCGUCGCUCACACGGGCCAAUUUGUGUUUGACGAAAAAGCACCAUGUGAAGUGGAACUCAAACAGAAGGUCUUUGGCGACGUUGGAAUUUUUGUUUCAGCGUCACUUGAAAUUGGCAACAAAAUAAAGUUCGACUCAGGCCCAUCGCUUUACGUAACCUUCUACACCGUCAACAUUGCUGAUGAAUGCGUCAAGACAUCAUUGAAGCGGGCCGUGUAUGCUGAGAUUGAGCCUACUCCUGCUCCUGUUCUCUCUGCGAGAGCAGGAGCACGCUCGACUCCCAUUCAGGAAGACGUAAAGCCAACAGCUACGUCUGGGGCACUAUCCAGUCAACCUCCUUCGUCUACUCCUGAACCAACACAAGCCAUUACCAGUACCAUUUACACACCAGAGGCGAUUUCCAUCACCUCUUGCAUGACGACUAUUCCUGGUUACUAUUGUCCACCAGAAUACGCCAUUCCAAUUGUCCAAACCUUUGAAGUCAUUCAACACGUCGUUGUGUACCCGCUUGGCGAAAAUUCUACGCCAACUACACUUCCAGAUCCUGGACGAGAACUCAUGGUUCGCAAUUUCCCACGUACAUUAUCGCUUAGGGACCCUUAUUCAUUCGCGUACCUCGAAAUCCCAAUCGUUAAUCGGAUUGUCCCUUAUGUUACUUCCAUUGAAAAGUUUGAGGCAAUUAGAGUGGCUUCCGCGCCAACAAGCGUGCCGGCCAUGAUCCACCCAUCCGUUACACCUUCUGCUGCUGCCAGAGGUUCAAAUGGAACGACAUCCUUGAGCAAUCCUUCAGUUGCAAUCGCCACCCCUAGUUCUCCCUCGGCUAAUUCAAGCUCGGGACCUUCGCCUAUUUCGACACAAGCUUCUAGUGCUGGCACAUUGGUCGCUUCCUCGCUUAUGAUGAGUUUCGCAGGAUUGUUCAUGGGCCUUUUGAUUUGA